GUCGCGUUUGCAGCAGCGGGGCUGAGGGAACGAGAGAGAGAGAGAGAAGGUACGCGGGGAGGCUGCAUCAUGGCGGACAGAGACAGUGGAAGUGAGCACGGUGGAUUCGCCACAGGCCCCGGCCCGAUGCAACCGGGCGCCGCAUCGCGGCUCCAGCACGACACGGAGGAGCUCGCCUCGAAGCGGGUGGACAUUCAGAACAAACGCUUCUAUCUGGACGUGAAGCAGAACGCCAAAGGCCGUUUUCUGAAGAUUGCGGAGGUCGGGGCCGGAGGAAACAAGAGCCGCCUGACUCUUUCCAUGUCCGUCGCCGUGGAGUUCCGCGACUACCUGGGAGACUUCAUCGAGCACUACGCCCAGCUGGGCCCCAGCAACCCCGAGAUUGUGCAGGACGAGCCCAGGAGGGCGCUUAAGAGCGAGUUCCUGGUGCGGGAGAAUCGAAAGUACUACAUGGAUCUGAAGGAGAACCAGAGGGGGCGGUUUCUCCGGAUCCGGCAGACCGUCAAUCGCGGGCCCGGCCUGGGAACCUCGCAAGGCCAGACUAUCGCUCUUCCGGCCCAGGGACUCAUCGAGUUCCGCGACGCGCUGGCCAAACUCAUCGAUGACUUCGGCGUGGACGAGGACCCCGCGGAGCUGCCCGAGGGCACGUCGUUGACAGUGGACAACAAGCGCUUCUUCUUCGACGUAGGAUCCAACAAGUACGGCGUCUUUAUGCGGGUAAGCGAGGUGAAGCCCACCUACCGCAACUCCAUCACCGUACCCUGCAAAGUGUGGUCCAAAUUCGGUACUACCUUCUGCAAGUACGCGGACGAGAUGAAGAAGAUCCAGGAGCGGAGCCGGGAGCGGAGGGCGCGCGAGAUGCUACCGGAGGGCCUGCAAGGGGACGACGGGGACGAGGACUAAUGCACAGCAUAUAUAUAUAUAUAUA